AUUUCCUGCUUUUUUGAACCUUAUAAAACUGUAAAUUUUAUGGUUCGAGAGAGAUCUCUAAUUUGAAACCCCAACUUCACUCUCAGAGUCUCAGUGUUACUUACCACUUGUAUCUUGCGCUUUCGUUAAUAAAUCCCAAAUCAUUUUCUUUUUCUUUUUUUGCUUUUAUCGCUUGCAAUUUGUUGGAGCGUUAUUCUUUGCAGAUUAUUAUUUAGGUGGGCACUUUAUGGAUUCUAUACUCGGUAAUUUGCCAUCUUUUAACCCUCAGAACUUCAGUCAGAUAAAACCUUGUUCGGAUCCUUAUAUUUCUACUCAGCGAAUGACACCUUCUACUUACGUUCCUACUCACUGCACCCUUCCACCACCUGAUCAAGUGAUAAAGACUGAACUUGGAAAUAUCUUACCGAGGCACAUUUAUUGCAAUGUUCUGGAACAGGUAAAACCUAACGAAGUUGCAGCUGGUAGCGUUUUACCGGAGCAUGAAUUCAAGCAACUUCAGGUUUCCACAUGAAAGUGUUCUUUGACCAACUAUUUUAUGCAAUCAGCUACUUUUUCAAAUGAUAUACUCUUAUUUUAGGAAGAGUUUGGUGCUGGUGUAUAUAUAUAUAUAUAUUUGUGUGCCAUGCUUCUUCUGUUGCACAGUUGACAGCAGCUUGUUGCCACUAGUUAGGGAAA